GUCCGAAUGUCACCCACCAAGAAGAGAGAGAGACUAAGAGCGAGCGAGUGAUCGAUGGAAGCGAGAGAGCUCCAAAAAGCCCACCCACUUCCACUCCAGCUCCAAAUCAUCACCACCACCACCACUUCCUCACCGCCAAGCCUGAACGUGAGCACCGACAGGGCCGUGUCCAAGCUGUGGAUAUUAACAAGAUUCCACGCCGGCUACUUCCGCAUCAGCCUCUCCCUCUGCGGGCAGGCCUUGCUUUGGAAGACGCUGAGCGAGCCGACGACGGACGCCCACGCCCUGCGGCCGGUCGUCCACAUGCUCCCCGCCGCCGCCUUCGUCAUGCUGUGGUCCCUGGCCCUCUUCACCCUCGUCGCCCUCUGUCUCCUCUACGCCGCCCGCUGCCUCUUCCGCUUCCGCAGCGUCCGUGCCGAGUUCGCCCACCACGUCGGCGUGAACUACCUCUUCGCACCCUGGAUCUCCUGGCUCCUCCUCCUCCAGUCCACCCCCUUCCUCCGCCCCCACACCAGGUCCUACCUCCUCCUCUGCUGGCUCUUCUCCCUCCCCAUCCUCGCCCUCGACAUCAAAAUCUACGGCCAGUGGUUCACCAAGGGCAAGAAGUUCCUGUCCAUGGUCGCCAACCCCACCAGCCAGAUCACCGUCAUCGGCAACCUCGUCGGCGCCCGCGCCGCCGCCCAGAUGGGCUGGCGGGAGAGCGCCGUCUGCAUGUUCUCCCUCGGCAUCGCCCACUAUCUCGUCCUCUUCGUCACUCUCUACCAGCGAUUCCUCGGCAGCGACUCGCUCCCCGCAAUGUUGCGCCCCGUCUUCUUCCUCUUCUUCGCCGCCCCUAGCAUGGCCAGCCUCGCCUGGGACUCCAUCUCCUCCUCCUUCGACACCUCCUGCAAGAUGCUCUUCUUCCUCUCCCUUUUCCUUUUCGCCUCCGUGGUCUCACGGCCGGCGUUGUUUAAGAGAUCCAUGAGACGGUUCAGUGUCGCUUGGUGGGCUUAUUCUUUCCCGUUGACCAUUCUGGCUCUCGCUGCCACGGAAUAUGCCCAGGAGGUGAAGGCAGAGAUGGCAAACUUGCUGAUGCUCGUCUUAUCCGUGCUCUCGGUGGUGGUGACGCUGAUCCUUAUGGUAUUCACGGCGUUAAAACCUCAUGAUCUAUUGCCCCACGAUGAUCCAUUUUUGUGCUCCAAUCUCAUACGACAUUGACGACUUUAAGGUCGGGCAUGGUCUGAUGCGGAUCCAUUCGAUUUCCCAAAAAUGCAGACUGGUGUAGCUUUUGCGUGUACAUUAUUACUGGAGGACAUUGAAUUGAAAUAUGUCAAUUGUAGCAUAUAUAUAUAUAUAUAUAUAUGCGUGCCUAAAAAUGUAAUUUUGUAACUUAGAUUUACUUUAUACCUAAUUUUUUUCAUAAUGACAAAGGGAUGAAAAAUUGAUCUCUA